CGCUUCAAUUCCUGGUGGGUGAUCACGGUGCAAUUUCUGGCGUGGUAAUGAAUGAAUGAAUGAAUUACUAUAAUUAUUUACAAAUGUUACAAAUCUUCAAAAAUUUAAAUAGAAUACCUUUAAAAUAUCUUUCUAAUGCUGUACAAUGUAUACAAAAAUUUGAUGGAUAUAUACCUUUAAAUGACCUAGAAAUUAAUUAUAUAAACAGUACUGGUCCAGGGGGACAAAAUGUUAAUGCAAGAAAAACUAAAGUUCAGAUAAAAUUUAAUCUGCAAAGAGCUGAUUGGAUUCCUAUGGAAAUAAAAGAGAAAAUAAAAAAAAAGCUUCCUAAUAAAAUAAAUCAAGAAGGACACAUGAUUAUCACUUCCGAAAAGACGCGUUAUCAAAUGCUGAAUCAAGCUGAUUGCCUGAAUAAAAUACGCAACAUAAUUUGGAAUAUGGAGGAUCCACAAGAAAUUAAAGAUGAUGAUGAAGAAAUUUUCAGAUUAAGACAUGAGGCUUCAGUGAGAGAACGAUUAAAAGAAAAAACAGAUAGAAGUAUAAACAAAUCAUACAGGAAUGUUGGAUUAAUUUAAAAUAUUGUACAAAUUUACAAAAUGAUUCAUGUUUUGAUCAUUAAAUGAAAAUGCAUUGGUUGAAUAAAAAAGAU